GUUGCUUUGUCGUAGUAGAAACUGCUUACAACUUGUGAAAAUGUAGCUAAAUAAGAGUCUCAAAUGAAUGCAGAACUAAAACGAUACAGGGUCCUCAUCUCCCCAUCGACAUUUUAGAGUGAUGUUUUAAUCAUUUUUUUUCAGGUCAGUUUUCCUCUUUUUCCUUUUGUUUGCUACUGAAUAAAUGUUCCGCUUUAGCAUGUUGUUCCGAGGAUGGAGUGCACAAAAAGGGAGACGUUUCUCUCAACUGUUUUCAUGCUGAAGUAACGUUAAAGUCUUAUUUAUAGCUAUCUUUGUUUUGUAAACCACUAGCUAACUAAUGUAAACAGCUCGUUGUUGAAUGUAUUUCGGGUUUAAUAAUCUUGUGUCAACAAAUGAAAAGCUUGCUGACAGCAAAUAACGCUUUUUGACAUUUCCGUUGGAGCUGAGUUCAACGCACGCUGGUUACAUCAUACUGGCGUCAACAUGUCAGAGUCUGCUGACAGUCGUACCAAAACAUUAAAUUUCAACGUCGGGGUGCUCGGACAUGUCGACAGUGGGAAGACAUCGCUUGCCAGGGCGCUUAGCAGCACCGCCUCCACGGCUGCCUUCGACAAGAACCCGCAAUCCCGUGAGAGGGGCAUCACACUGGACCUCGGCUUCUCCUCCUUCACGGUGGAUCUUCCAGAUCACCUGCGGGACAGCGGAGGCCAGCAGCAGUAUGACAGCCUGCAGUUCACCCUGGUGGAUUGUCCGGGACACGCCUCUCUUAUUCGGACUAUCAUUGGGGGUGAGCUCUCUGAAUUCUCUGCAAGUUUUGGUGCUACAGGUGUCAUCGAUAGGUGGGUCCGUUGCUGGAAGUGGGCAGACCUAGGUCAUGUGUGGUCCUGGGAUCCCCUCCAUGUGGUUGUCUACAGUUUUGUUCUGUGUGCCUUCGUCUGUCUGUGGUCUCAGUAUGCCACUACUGUGACCAAGAAGAUAAAGUCGGUGCAGAUGUUUAGAAAGCCAGUGUCGGGGGCCAUGCAGGGGGAUCGUGUGGGUGUGUGUGUGACACAGUUUGACCCUAAACUGUUAGAGCGAGGUGUGGUUUGCACCCCAGGGUCCAUGCGCAACUUCUAUGCAGCUGUCAUCUCUGUGAGGAAGAUAGGCUACUUCAAGGGCUCUCUUGCUACCCGUGCUAAGUUCCACAUCACCAUGGGUCAUGAGACAGUCAUGGCGAGGGUUGCCUUCUUUGGCCUGCCGCCUGUGGGUGCGUCAGAGCCCCCCUCAGACACUACACCACCUCCAUCACAGCCCUGCUCACUGGAUACACCCUUCACCUUCGAGAGGGAGUACUUCUACCAGGAUCAAUAUGUCACCGGUCAGAGAGAGGCAAGUCCAGGACCUGACCCAGAGCAAUGGGCCUUGUUGGAGUUUGAGCGGCCAGUCACAUGCCCCUCACUCUGCCUGGUGAUUGGUUCCAAGCUGGACACAGACAUCCAUGCCAAUGCAUGCCGGUUGGCUUUCCAAGGCCGUCUGCUCCAUGGGUUUGAAGAUAAAGGCUAUGCUGAGACUGCUCUGCCUCGUCUGCGCAUCUACAAGACAAAACACAAGGAGGGCCAGGUGGAAAGGGUGACUGACGAUUACACUGUGAUUGGCCGCAACCUGUUCAAGAAGGAGACCAACCUCCAGCUCUUUGUGGGGUUGAAGGUCACACUGUCGACAGGCGAGAGUGGCGUUAUCGAAGGUGGAUUUGGACAGAGCGGGAAGUUCAGGAUCCGAGUACAGGAGGGUCUUUGCCCAGAAACCAAGCAGUUGUUAACCUCCACCUCUAAGAAGAAAGUGAAGGGUGGAAGCAAAGGCGAACCAGCACACGAAGAGGAGCCCAAAACACAUUCUCAGCCCGUUAGCAUUCACUUGCAUUUCAAGCGGUAUGUCUUUGAUCCCCAUAAAAAGAUGGUUCAGUCUUGACCUUUGUUGCAUACACAUCAGCCUGUCACAGUGCUUCAAACAGGCAGAAGGUGGUUUCACAGGUCAUGUCGAGGUGAGGGGAACACUGGCCUCUGUAUCAGGGUUAUGAUCAUUUUCUUCUAUCAGCCUCUGAUGGAGACAGUCUGCUGAAAUGCAAUGAUUGUGGAACGCAUGUGAAACAAUGAAUUUUUUUUUUUUUAACUGCCUUUAUGGAUAUGGACUUGAUCCAGUUUGCACCAUUACAAGGGUGGAAGCAGCUCUUCUGUUUCUAAUGCAUUUGAGUUGUCUUAAACAAAAAAAAAAGUACCUUUUUUGUUUUUUUCAGUAUGUUUCUAAUUUAGCUGAGCCUUGAUUGGCAAAAACACAUCAGCUGGCAUUUACGUUUCAGGUUUCAUUGGCUGUGUGAUUUCAAAAUGAUUUUUUUAAAUUUUAUUUUACUUUAAUGACCGUUUGUAGAGCUGGAUUUUUACCAAGAAUACCAGUUAUUCCAGUGACUGCUUGAGUGUAUUAUAAUAACUAUCUUUAUAAAAAGACAAAUAAAGCAAAAUCUAUGCUGAAACUUUA